AUGGCUAGAUUCGUGAUUAGUCUUAUAGUCCUCCUUCCACUCAUCUCUCUUCUUGCGCUGCGCUCCUGUGCUGCAGCAUCGGUAGGACACACGCUGGGCGCCGGGUCAUCCCUGUCCGUGGAAGAUCACGAGCGGCCCUUCCUGGUGUCGCCGGACGCCACCUUCUCCUGUGGCUUCCUCCCAGCCGGCGAAGUCGACAACGCCUUCUACUUUUCCGUCUGGUUCACCGCGGCCACGGACAGGACCGCCGUCUGGACGGCAAACCCCGGCGCCCCCGUGAACGGCCGGGUUUCCCGUGUAUCCUUCGGUGCCGACGGCAAGCUAGCCCUCGCCGACGCCAACGGGACGACUGUGUGGGACAGUAAGGCAGCCAGCAACAACUACUUCACCGUCUCCCUCCUCGACACCGGCAAUCUUCGGGUCGUGGACCCGUCCACCGGCCGUCCCGUGUGGCAGAGCUUCGACUGGCCGACGGACACCCUGCUCCCGUCGCAGGCGCUGACCAAGGACAGGAAGCUCGUCGCCGGCUACUACGCCCUCUACUACGACAACGACAACGUGCUGCGGCUCCUCUACGACGGCCCGGAGAUCGCCAGCAUCUACUGGCCUAACCCGGGCAUAAGCGUGUUCGACAACGGCCGGACCAACUACAACAGCUCACGCAUCGGCGUCCUCGACGACACCGGCGUGUUCCUCUCCAGCGACAACCUGCGAGUCGAGGCCUCCGACCUGGGCGCCUCCGGGGUCAAGAGGCGGCUAACCAUCGAGCAGGACGGAAACGUGAGGAUGUACAGCCUCGACGCGGCCGGAGGAUGGACUGUCACGUGGGCUGCGGUCAAGCAGCCGUGCUCCGUCCGUGGGCUGUGCGGCAAGAACGCCGUCUGCGAGUACCAGCCGUUCCUCCGGUGCUCCUGCGCGCCGGGGUACGAGAUGGUGGACCGCCGGGACUGGAGGAAGGGCUGCAACCCCACCUUCAGCCUACCCACCACCACCGCCACCAACUGCAGCACGUCGGAAAAGCGGUUCACGUUCGUCAAGGUGGCGCACACCGACUUCUACGGCUACGACCUCGGGUUCAACCAGUCCGUCACGUUCCAAUACUGCAAGACCAUCUGCUUGAGUAUGUGCUCCUGCGCCGCCUUCCAAUACAGGACGGAUGGCAAGGGCGGUUGCUAUCCCAAGGGCAUCUUGUUCAACGGUUACACGUCGCCCACGCCCGAAGGGACCAUAUAUCUCAAGCUGCCUAGCGACCUCAACGCCCCGGCAACGCCGCCACCCGCGGUACUCGACUGCGAUCAAAAUGCCGCCAUCGUCCCGCCAGCAUACGCGGACACGUACGGGACACCAAGCAGCGGCCCAAAUUUGUCCUAUCUUUUUUGGUUCGCAGCGGUGCUAGGAUUUCUCGAGGCCCUCUUCAUCGCCACGGCGUGGUGGUUCCUGUCAGGCCAGGAGAGCAUGCCCAGUUCGCUGAUGGCCGGCUACCGGCUGGUCAUGGGGACCCAGUUCAGAAGGUUCACAUAUCGAGAGCUCAAGAAAGCAACCGGAAACUUCAACGAGGAGCUCGGUCGCGGCGGUUCCGGCGUGGUGUACCGCGGCGUGCUUGACAAGACCACCGUGGUGGCGGUGAAGGAGCUGACAAACGUGGUGCAGGGCGAGGAGGAGUUCUGGGCGGAGAUGGCGGUGUUUGGGAGGAUCAACCAUAUCAACCUGGUGAGGAUCUGGGGGUUCUGCUCCGAGGGAAAGCACAAGCUGCUGGUGUACGAGUACGUGGAGAACAGGUCGCUGGACAGGCACCUGUUCGGCGAGGACAUCGGCAAGGCGCUGGCAUGGAGAGAGCGGUUCAAGAUCGCACUGGGCGCGGCCAAGGGCCUAGCCUACCUCCACCACGAGUGUCUGGAGUGGGUCAUCCACUGUGACGUCAAGCCGGAGAACAUCCUACUCACUCGAGACCUCGAUCCAAAGAUCGCCGACUUCGGGCUGUCCAAGCUAUCCGGGAGGAAAGCCGUCGCCGACGGCAUGCAGCUCUCCCAGAUGAGGGGGACGGCAGGGUACAUGGCACCCGAGUGGGUGCUGGGGCUACCGAUUGACGCAAAGGUCGAUGUUUACAGCUAUGGCAUUGUGCUUCUGGAGAUCCUGAUGGGAAGCCGGAUAACUGAACAGACGACAGUGGACCGCGCCGAGCGGCUGCAGAUGAGCCAAAUUGUGCAGGCCCUGAAGCAGGUGGUGGCGAGUGGAGACGUCGUGUCGUUGGUGGAUAGCAGGCUGAACGGGCUGUUCAACCCUCAACAAGCCAUGGAAAUGUUGAAGAUCUCCUUGUCGUGCAUGGAGGAGAGGAGCAGCAGGCCGACCAUGGACGACAUUUUUAAAGCUCUUAUAGCUUGCGAUGACGAGGACGAACACCCUGCGUACUUGUCAUGA